AUGUACUCAGUCCCUGCAGAGCCUGAAUGACUGACUGUGUCCUCUGUCCUGCUCACAGCCACAGAUUAUGCUGCUUGUCUGGGAGGAAAACAAAGCUCAAGACCAAAGAUGAAGUCCGAGAAGGAGGCUCCUUCGAAAGCCAAACUUAUUUCCCAAAUCGUUCUGCUCGUGUAUCUUGGUCUCUUCAAUUCAGGUGAGGUGUUGGCCGUGAACAUGACGAUCCCCAACUCUCUGAUCAAAGGUUCAGUUGGAGGAGAGGCCAUUCUGUCCGUCUGCUACAGUAGUUUCAGCCUUGACCUGCCAGUAAUCAAGUGGCAGCUCAAGAGGGAAAAGUCUAUCACUGUCGUCCAGUCAAUUGGAACCGACAUCAUCGGAACCCUCAGACCUGAGUAUCGUGACCGCAUCCUUGUAUUUGAGAACGGGACUCUGCUUCUCCACAACCUCAGACUCUCUGAUGAUGGGCAAUAUGACGUGGAGAUCUCGAUCACUGAUGAUACCUUCACAGGAGAAGGUGGCAUCACGCUCUCUGUGGAUGAACCUAUAUCAAGGCCCUACAUCCACAUGGAGUCUUCAUCCGUGCUGGAGCUCAGUGAAAAUGUCAUCCUCAACUGCUCCCAUGACAACGGAACCAGAACUACAUACAAGUGGUUCAAAGGCGGAAAGCUACAGACCAAUGAGACAAGGUUCAUCUUGUCACCUGACCAGAAGCUCUUGACCAUAAAACGGGUGUUGAUGUUGGAUGACGACAUCUAUAGCUGCACAGUGGAAAAUCCUGUGGGGAAUGGGACUAGCCUGCCCAUCAGACUGACUGUCUACAGAAGAAGUUCCCUUUACAUCAUUCUUUCCACUGGUGGCAUCUUCCUGGUCAUCACCUUGUUAACAGUAUGUGCCUGCUGGACACCGUCCAAAAAGAAAAGACCCCCGCCUGGAAAGCCUCUCAGCUUGUAUGACCUCUCUAAUCGCCCAAGAAUCAAAACCAGAGAUAUUGUGCUUCCAAAAUCGAAACAGCAUAACGGAAAUGGAGUAAAUGCAGUAAAUGCAGUAACGUCUCUUUACAUCCUGCAGCAAAAGGAUCCUUCCACGGAUGACUCAUCCAGCAACAGUAUUGGCUCUCCUGAACAUGACGAACCACCACGUUACACCAGUUACCUCAAGCCCACCAGUUCACCUAGCCAUUACCCUGGCUCCCCCGACCGCUCCUCCCUCAAGUACACCUGA